UACAGGUCUAUAUGUAGUUCCUCCUUAGGCCCCGCCCCCCUAUAUAUUAGGUAUGUAUAUAGGAACUACAGGUCUAUAUGUAGUUCCUUAUUUUUCACUGCUCAUCCUCUGUACUUACAUAUCCAUGUGAUUAACAUCACAGAUUACUUGUUCGGCUAAACUCAUUAUCAAGUCAUAUCCAGGCCUGUAUUCCAACAGGCCAUUUGCAGAUGAGCCAUGUAAAGAACUGCUAGCUACCUGCUACCUGCUAGGCUGAAUGCUAACAGCUUGCCUGUUUGUUAUAAGAGUAUAAGUGAUUAUCUGCAGGUGUCAGUAUUAUAUGAACAGCACUCCUUCCUUCCUCCUUCCUUCAUCCAUCCUCCUUCCUCCUGUACAUGCUGAGUGUCUUCAUGUUGUUGUGUCCCUCCAUCUCAGCUCCACUGUGUUGUGGUUAUCUCAUCCAGGUUCCAGCAGCAUCCAGCUGGAGCUUCAGACCCCCACAGGUUUGAUCUGUCAGCCCCCCACCCCGCUAAGCAGCGACCACUUCUUUGACGAGGACGCUGGCCUAGACUCCCCCUCUAGAACGCCCACUAGACCAUGUGACUUGUCACUCACCCAGACCACCAGCACCCCAGGCCCCGCCUCCCAUGCUCAAUCCCCCACAAUGGUGGUAGAGGAAGACACCUCUGGACCUCUAGACUCCCGGGGAGCCGGGAAGGGCGCCGGGGAGGGUGCCGGGGAAGGCGGGGGCCCUAAAGUGACCUCCACUGAAGAUGACACAGGGGUUAGCAGAGAGUCAGUGGCCUCAUACAAGCCCCAUAACAGGGAGGCAGGGCUGAGAGAGGAGGCUGAGCAGGAUGUUGACAUGGGGAUGCUGAUACAUCAGAUUGAUCUUCCUCAGGGGGUGGUCAGGGAGGAUGAGUGGCUGGCUGGAGCCAGAGGAGACCCAUCAGAAACCCUGGGCUUUAGGCCUGCCCUGGGGGGAGAGGGGGUAGAGGGUGGUGUGUCUGGUCCUCCCGGGGAAGAGAAGGAGGAGGGGGAGUUGAGUGAGGAGAAGUUAAAGUCUCUGUUGGAGGAGAUGGGGCUGGAGGAAGGCUCGGAGGACGAGGAGAUGACGGAGGAAAGGAUAAACGCCAUCUUGUCUCAGGUUCAGCAGGCAGACAAAGAUGUGAUGUCAUCACCUGCAGGUUGGCAUAGUGAGACGUCCAGCGUGAACGUGGAGCCCCCGACACCUGGCCGCAGUCUGAGUGCUGAGGGCAACGACCUCCAGGACACCAGCCCUGUGAAUUCCCUGGACUCCCUGACGACAUCACCUGUCCGACCAGCAGAGAAAUCCAAUGGAGACCACACUGACUUCCUGUCCCAGCCCGGGUCACAUCCUGAGGCCCAGGGUUCAUCCAACGGGGUGAAGGGUCAUGGCCAGGUCGAGGACGAGGGAAGGGCGUCAGCGUCACAAGGAGGGCAGGAAGAGGGAAGCAGAAGGACUCUGGAAGAGGACAGCACAGCAGGACCAAGCAGCAAGGAGCAGCAGCAGGAGGAGGGAGGAGUGCAGGGGUCACAGCACAAAGUCCAGGAGGGUGGUAGAGAUAAGGAGACCAGCUCUGAUGAGGAACGGACUGUCACCACCAAGGUGUACCGACGGAGGGUCAUUCUGAAGGGAGAACAGGCCAGAAACAUCCCUGUGGAGUCAGUGACAGAAGAGCAGUUCACAGACGAGGAUGGAAACAUAGUCACCCGAAAAGUCAUCAGGAAAGUAGUACGUCGUAUUGCUGCAACGUCAACUACUUUUACUGCUACUACAGAGGAGGUGAAAGCAGGAGGAGCAGUAGGAGAAGCAGUAGGAAGAGGAGAAGCAGCAGGAGGAGGAGGAGGCCGGAAGGAAAAUAAGGGCAGGAAGAGAAACAAGCGCUCCCGAGGAGGCCCUAAGGCAGAGCACGAGAGCUCUAAGGGUCAGAGGGGAAAGACUGAGUCUGAAGAAGGGUCAGGGUCGAAGGUGAAAAAGAAGCAAGUGGAAAAGGAUCAAUGAUAACAGUCGUGUGCUCAACCUGGUUUGUUGAUGUUUCAUGACUUCCUGGAAGGGUUAUGACUGGAACUUGAAGCAGGAGAACAGCCAAUCAGAACGUGUGUCUGCAGCUUUCACGUUAACGCAUGGUUUUACAGCAAGACCACUUUAUUUGAUUUCGCAUGAGCAUGAAAAACAUACUUUUCUGUCCACAACCUGGGCUCCAGUCAUGACCUGUUGUUACCACGGUGACAGGAGAACAGGGGUGUGGUCUGCUCCAUCAUGGCGUCAGGACAACAGUAGCCACGCCUCCAAGCAUCUCUCGGACCAAUGAGGUACAACAGGACGUUUGAUUGACAGAUUAGAGGAACACUUGGAGUCACCUUCUACAAGCCUUAUAUAUUCUGUCCUGUAGCCACACCACUGGGGUGGGUGUAUAAUGUGGUUGUGUUUUUUAAUAACAACGGGUGGUUUGGUUGUAUAUAAAUGACACUGUAAAAACUUCUGAAGUUAGUCACUGAUAGUUUGUUUUCUGCACUGGUAGGACAGCUUCGCAAAGCAUUGGAAUGAAAUGCCUAUAUUGAUUCCAACUUUAUGAAAAUGCUUGGGUGUUACUGCACAUGUCUAAUUAUCAGCAGGAAAUAUUUGUCAAAUCGAAAUGGUAGCUUGAUUUUAACCUAACUCCACUGCAACUCUCAAACAUCACUUCUGUGAACAUAUUUCCUCAGAGUAAUAAUAUUUUGAUGCAUGAGAUUCACCUGGUUUGACUUAGUUUUCCUCAUUUGCGAACAUUGUAUUAUGAAAUAAGGUGUUACUUCUAUCAGUGUCUGUCUACUCUGCUCUGGCACUGACUGUUUUAAAGAGACAUGAACACACAGCCACCUGGGGGACAGCAGGACAGAGAGGGAGACUUCAUUCUAAUGCUUUAUGAGGGCCCACUGUGUAACAUGGAAUAUGCCUCUACUAUUAAAGACGUGGAGAUAUGAGAGCUCCCAAUAUAUAAUGUAGACUGUCACAUUGGAAAGGGUUAGAGAGGUAUUACCCCAAUAUAUAAUGUAGACUGUCACAUUGGAAAGGGUUAGAUAACUUUUACCCCAAUAUAUAAUGUAGACUGUCACAUUGAAAAGGGUUAGAGAGGUAUUACCCCAAUAUAUAAUGUAGACUGUCACAUUGGAAAGGGUUAGAUAACUUUUACCCCAAUAUAUAAUGUAGACUGUCACAUUGAAAAGGGUUAGAGAGGUAUUACCCCAAUAUAUAAUGUAGACUGUCACAUUGGAAAGGGUUAGAUAACUUUUACCCCAAUAUAUAAUGUAGACUGACACAUUGAAAAGGGUUAGAGGUAUUACCCCAAUAUAUAAUGUAGACUGACACAUUGGAAAGGGUUAGAUAACUUUUACCCCAAUAUAUAAUGUAGACUGACACAUUGGAAAGAGUUAGAUAACUUUUACCCCAAUAUAUAAUGUAGACUGACACAUUGGAAAGGGUUAGAGAGGUAUUACCCCAAUAUAUAAUGUAGACUGACACAUUGGAAAGGGUUAGAGAGCGUUUACCCCAAUAUAUAAUGUAGACUGACACAUUGGAAAGGGUUAGAGAGGUAUUACCCCAAUAUAUAAUGUAGACUGACACAUUGGAAAGGGUUAGAGAGGUAUUACCCCAAUAUAUAAUGUAGACUGACACAUUGGAAAGGGUUAGAGAGCGUUUACCCCAAUAUAUAAUGUAGACUGACACAUUGGAAAGGGUUAGAGAGCGUUUACCCCAAUAUAUAAUGUAGACUGACACAUUGGAAAGGGUUAACAGUUCUCAUGCGUAUUUGCUCCAAUCAUUGGUCAUUAUUUUAGCAGUGUAAUGUUAUGUUCUAAGCCUGCUGCAGUUUAAAGGGGCAUUGUUUCUUUGGGGUUUGGUGCCAUAUUUCCUUCCGUUGAUUCUCUUCAUAUGAGACCACCUAAAGCAUUGAUUGAUGAUCUGGUAACACAUGACAACCAACAUGGAUGAUCCCAUUCAUUAUUUAAGCAGAAAUAAAUUGUGUUUAAACUGAAA